CGCGUUCAAAUGACCAAAACUCAUUUUCAUAAGACAAAAACACUCGAGUUAAAUAAGCAUCUUUAUUCAGGGUGUAGACUGUUUCGUUAAUUGUUAAUUGCUUCUUUUCUGAGGCAUCUUGGAAUAUAAGUUAAGUAUUUUGAUAAAUUUUGACUUAUUAAUUGUGAUUUAACAUCUUCAAUGGAAGUUCAUUGGAAAAAUCAGUGAUAAUCCUCUUUUUACACUCUGAAUAAAGUAACUCUUUAACUCGAGAGUUGUUGUCUUAGCUGCUUGUAAUUUUGCCACUGAAAGACUUUGUCCAAUUUUCCAAGUCUCGAACGUUAGUGGACUUAAUCUCGAUCUUCUCAAAAUGUUCAUGAAUCUUUUAAUGCCAAGAAGUCCAAAUUAUGACAAUGAACCUGCUGAAUUUCAAAUCGAUGACACAUACUCUGUUCCUGGAGUCGGUACUGUAGUCUCUGGGCUUUGUAUAAAAGGAGUGAUUCGUGUCAAUGACGUUCUUUAUCUUGGCCCUGAUUCCCUUGGUAAAUUUACUCCUAUCGCUAUUAAGUCUAUUCAUCGUAAAAGAAUGCCGGUUAAAGAAGUCAGAAGUGGACAAACAGCAAGCUUUGCACUCAAAAAGAUGAAACGUUCAGAUACUCGUAAAGGAAUGUUUCUCUUAGCACCUAGUCUAAAUCCUCAAGCCUACUGGGAAUUCGAAGGAGAGAUUCUGGUUCUGCGCCAUCCAACCACAAUAAGCCCUCGUUUCCAAGCCAUGGUUCACUGUGGCAGUAUUCGUCAAACAGCGACAAUCAUUCGAAUGACUAGAAAAUGUUUAAGGACUGGAGAUAAAGCUGGUGUAUUAUUUCGUUUCAUCAAAAACCCUGAAUAUUUGAGGGAAGGACAAAAGAUGGUCUUCCGUGAAGGUAGAACAAAAGCGAUUGGAAACAUUGUGAGGCUGAUAUCAGAUGCAGCGCCGAAUAAUGUCAAUAAAACUAAAGCUAAAAAAAUGGUUCGACAAAUGAAAACUAGUCCAGAAGAUGGUCCUAGUGAUGAUAAAAGUGGUAAAAAGAAAGGAAGACACAGGAAUUUUUAUCCAGAAAAUGAAUCAACGGGGUCCAACAAUGUUCAAUAGUUUUAUUAUUUAAAUUCAUCCAACUUGAUGAUGAUAAAUAAUAAUGAUUUAGCAAUCUAUCAGCUUCAAAAAAACAAGAAGAAAUAUGAAAAAAUAGAACUGAAGCCUAUUUUUCAGCUAUUUAUCAAAAUGGUUAUUUUUUCUAUAAAAAAGUCUAUGAAUUAAGUGAGAUGAGGAUUUACUCAUUCAAAUGAACGUUUGCAGCUAUUUAU